AAUUUAUUUUGCAUGCAAUUCGACUUUAACACAUUUCCCCUGAAGAUCCCGAGGAUUUCUCAUCCUUUAUAAUUCUGGAGGCGCUGGUUCGUCCCACGUGGUUCUUCAGACACCUAUAAAAACUUUCCAGAGGAUCAAAAGCCGCACAAUGUCUGAGAAACAAGCCCAAGCUCCCGAACACACACACACACGCACACACACACACACCCACCCACACACACCGGGAGCUAUGAUGAAGAAGUAUAUGGGAAACGAACACUGGAAGUCAAAAUGUCCAACAAAGGAGGACACGAUCCUCAGCUGAAGAACUUAAAAUGCGAAUGAUUAUUAGGAAAACUGAAAAAUCUCCUUCUUGGACUGUUUUACACUCGCUUCCCUUCACCAUGGAUGAUCUGAACUCGAAAGAGUGAAGAAAUCACCGGGACAGAUCAUAACAGCUCCUUUGUUUAGUCGGUGGGCUUUUACACGCGUAAUGCUGAGAUACUUCAGUCAUGUCAUCACGCACCAGACGCGUGCGUAAAAGUGCCAUUUGAGGCUCACCGUGGACAGAUAUCAAGCGUUCUGCCUACUUUAUUAUUAUCAUCACAUCAUGUAUUUGUAUCAACUCGGAUGGUGUGACGAGCCGUGCUCACCGUGAAAUCGAUUGAAAUCGGAGUUAACCAAAGACGAGAAUCAACCACAGGAGCAUAUUCCAGACGUUUACAGGAUUUACUGCCUUUGCGUUUCAUUCGGUGGAUAUUACGGUUAUUUCACUUUUUAAGUCACUUUUUGAGGAUAAAAGGAGGCUCCAUCAAUCCAGGUCUCGUGUCCGCUCGGAAACUGCUGUUUAUUAUCACGGAAGAUGAAAAGCUUGAUAUUCGAAGUGCUUUGUUUUGUGUCCUUCCUCGUCUCCAUCCGCUGCACACCGGCACCGGACACCGAGUCCCCGAGCAUCAGCCCGAGCUGCGCGUCCUGCGGACUCAGCCAGACGGAUGGAGACACACGGGUGGACGUGGAUCUGCUGGAGGCGGUGAAGAGACACAUUCUGAGCCGGUUACAGAUGCGGGACAGACCCAACAUCACACACCCCAUCCCGAAGGCGGCGAUGGUGACCGCGCUCAAGAAGCUCCACGCCGGGAAGGUGCGCGAGGACGGGAGGGUGGAGAUCCCGAACCUGGACGGACACGCGGCGUCCAUGAACGAGGUGGAGGAGGAGACCUCGGAGAUCAUCAGCUUCGCCGAGACAGACGAGUCGCUGACCUCCAAAACCAGCCUGUUUUUCGUGAUCUCCAACGAGGGCAACCAGAAACUAUACGUGUCCCAGGCCAGUCUGUGGAUGUACUUCAAGCUUCUGCCUAACGUUUUGGAGAAAGGCUCCAGGAGGAAGGUCACGGUGAAGGUUUACGCGCAGGAACCGGGAUUCGGGAGCAAGUGGAACUUGGUGGAGAAGCGCGUGGAUCUCAAACGCAGCGGAUGGCACACUUUUCCAUUGACGCACGCCGUGCAAAUGGUUUUCGCCAAAGGUGAUCGCCGGCAGAACCUGGACGUGCGAUGCGAAGUGUGCGAAAAGUUGGGCGUUGUUCCUGUUUUGGUAAACACUGCCGACGAAUCCCACCGUCCUUUCCUUGUGGUCCAAGCGCGAGCGGCCGACAACAAACACCGCAUUCGUAAACGAGGUCUUGAAUGCGAUGGAAGCGGCAGCUUGUGUUGCCGUCAACAGUUUUACAUCGACUUCCGCCUCAUCGGCUGGAACGAUUGGAUCAUCGCCCCGUCAGGAUACUUUGGGAAUUAUUGCGAAGGGAACUGUCCGGCGUACAUGGCCGGGGUUCCCGGAUCGGCUUCGUCUUUCCACACGGCCGUCGUGAACCAAUACCGAAUGCGAGGAAUGAGUCCGGGAUCCAUGAACUCCUGCUGCAUCCCGACCAAACUGAGCCCCAUGUCCAUGCUGUACUUCGACGACGAAUACAACAUCGUGAAACGGGACGUGCCCAACAUGAUCGUCGAGGAGUGCGGCUGCGCUUAAAGACUUCCAUAGUAAUCGAAACGAAUAUUUAAGACUCGUCCAUGCUCGCAAAUCCUUCCACGCAAUCUUUGUACAUAUAUUUAUGUUCUUUAAUCGGUGAGCAAUUCAGUUCCUGACGAUACUGUCACGUCAAAAAGAUGGGAUUGGUUUUAUCUAUGUCUACACUUUUAAAAGACAAAGGUUCUUUAUUGGCAUCAAUUGUACCGUGAAGAUCAUCCAUUAGACCAAAAACAAGUUAUUUAGAUUAUUAAAAUGUUCUUUACACUAAGAAAAACAUGGUUCUUUUGAAAGGACAGUUCACCCAAAAAUUGAAAGCUGUUAAUUUACCCACCCUCAGGUCAGUUAGAUGUAGGUGAUAUUUUUCUUCAGUAGAGCAUUUAAGAUAAUUUUAAGCUGAAAGCGUGCUCUUUGGUGCAUGUUAGCAAAUGCACAUUUUGAAGAAUUUAAAAAAGCAUGUACGUACAGACAAUACCAGUGAUAUAUUGAGGUCUUAUGAAGUGAAACAAUCAGUCUGUGCAAGAAACCUGUCAUUACUUACAACAUUUUGGCUCAGGUGGCAGUAACAGUCAAGCGUCUGCGAGUGAGUUUUGAUUGAGUAACUGUUUCAGAUGCUUUAGUCCAGUUUGGUGAACUAGUUCGUCAGCUUCACUAAGGGUGCGUUCACACCUGCCUCAUUUAGUUCGGUUGAAUCGUACCAGAGUUCGUUUCCCACUUUGGUGCGGUUCGACUGGGCAGGUGAGAAAGCAGCAAUGCAUUAUGGGAAGAGGAAGUGUUUGUUGACAGUUUGCACUUUAGCAAGGCAGCUCAUGGACAAACUUUGAGUAGUGAGGAGGUGCAGAUCCUCAUAGAAAUUUGGUCAGAAGACCAUGAGCGUGUCAGAGUUAAAAGGAAUUAAUGCACGCUUCCGCUUGAAGUUACGAGCGAUUCCCGCUCGCCGUUUGCAGUGGAUUAGAACGUUGUUUUCAAGCUGCAUCCGCGCUUCAUUAUAGAGAUGUAUUGUUUGCAUAUUGUGGGGUUUAUGCAAACAAUGUAAUAGAUUAUGGCCAGGGACAAAACCAGCCCACGCAAUCAUGUAGUUGUGUUGUCUCCGUGUUGUUUUCUGGCUUUUCCACUUAUGUUGGAAUUUUCCCGCACGUAAAUUCUGACCAAUCGAAAA